ACAAACUAUCAUUUCUAUUAUUGCGGACGCUCGGCCAUUCCAAACGGCUAGAAAGCCAACAGCCACAUGCUGACCCCCUUGGACCGCACCCGCGCUGGAAAUGUGAACCUUUGCCUGCACAGAAUCCUCCCGGGCGCCCAAUCAUGAAAUACGCUGGUGAGGUGAUGCCCAAUCCCUCGACCAGAAUAUCCACGGUGUCGAGAUUCCUUAGCGAGAUUGCGCGACUUUAUUACCAACAACAAUCUGCGGUAUUGGGGGCGGAGAGUAAGCUAUGCAGGGCUAGCUAUGCCAGCCCAUACGUUCCAGCCCCGUGUCCCUGUCUCAUCUCUCUUCGUCGUUGCCUGCUCCCGCACCGUAACCGGAGCCACUACUACCAACUUGGACUUUACAUACCAUAUUCAAGAACAUCAUUUCCACGCAAAAGCCGGGGGAGAUCAGAAGAAGGUCCAUACAGUGGCCGCAAGUGCAGCUUGGGGUAGAAUAGGCGAGGCGGAUAACAGGGGCCACUUCUAGAUCCUCUCCUUACAGCGCCACCAUCUCGGGUUCCUGCAUAACAUCCUGCUACUGGCUGGCUGGAUUGAAACACUGCACGAUCCUUGGCCCCUCAUCCUUCCCUUGCUCGUUUGUGCCAGAAGACACCACUACUCAACAUAACUAGGAGUCCUAGGCCCGUCAACACACCCGUCAACUAUUGAGUUGAGGCGAAACCCGUGGCACGCGACUCACACGACUUCCACUCGAUUCGCCAUAGCGAGCAACAACCGAGUGGUAUCGGACUGGGAGCAUUGGACUUUUGUAUCAAUUCCACAACUCUACAACACGGCUACAAUUCAGAGUAGUCCUACGGCUCCGACUCAGAUUGUAACAUCACAGACACAAUCCGACCAAACAUCUUGCUCCAAAUCGAAGGCUGGCUCACAGAACGGUCUCCCCAAGUUCUUGAUUUCGACCGCCCUUCCGGCAUCUCGCCUCCUGCUGCCUCUGAAGUGACGUGCAGCGACUGAUUAUUGACUUGGCUGGGCAAGCUAAAGUCACUUGCUCACUUCGUAUUGUGCACGUCUCAGUUUGCACACCCAACAAGCCAACCGACCACUUCAGGCCAUCACAAGUCAGGGGCGCCAUCAUUCUUAUUAACAGAAUCAGUAUCAAAGUGAGAUGCAGAGAUGAGAGUCGGAGUUUGACAAACUGGUCGUGUGAUACCAAGCUUAUGGGACAUCGAGGGCGGGAGUUUCGACUACUCACUAACCACUGUUGGUAUUAAUCGCUUGCCACCCCUUACAUUUCUCCAGGCUCCGUGCACGCCGCACUGGACAUUACUGCUGUCUUAUUCGGUCCCUCCCUCCCUUGAGUGAGACUGAGGGGCACCCCCUGCUGUACAGUCCAUCAUUUGCGGACAAACUGAAACUUAAGUACCAAGGUGGAGGAUCUGUUUGCCAACUGGCGCAUCAGACGCAUUUUCUGACUUUGGGUUGAGGGUUGGCAUUCCAUUGCCCUACCUUUGAAAACCGUACUUUUGCUGGUUGGCUGACCCGCGUGGUGGACAAUCUCACCCUUCUCAAUUCUCAUUUCCCUGCUUGUUGGGGUCGGUUUUCUGACCUGGAUAGCCAAAUAUCACCAAUCUUGAAGAGCAAGACUAGACAGGAAACUGGUGGAAGGACCAGAGGCCUCACAGACCAUGGCGGAGCAACAGCAGCCGCAACAAAAUCAACAUCUUGACGAGUCAUAUGUCGAUGUGGAAGAUGAGAGCAACGAGAAUGCUCCAUUAAACCCAACCGGCGUUUCGACGACCUCGUCGGGGCUCUUGGGCAGUCCUUUGUCGUUGUCGGCGUCUCCCUCUCACAAGACACCAGUGUGGUACGACAUCACGACGGUACGACGGACGUACGGACAAUUCGACACGCUGGGCAGCGUGAAGCGGUUCUUCUAUGCCCUGAUCCCCAGCUGGAUCACGACGCACUCGGCAACGACGCCGUCCAAAUCGGGCAUCUCGGCCCUCGACGGACUCCGAGGGAUAGCGUGUUUAUUCGUUUUCAACGAGCACUAUGUCAUCUGCUACCAGUCGCGCAACACGCAGGUGUGGAUCAUGCGGGUACCAUUCAUCCGACUGUUGUGGUACGGCAAGGCGGCGGUGUUCCUGUUCUUUGUGAUCUCGGGAUACGUCCUCAGCGUCAAGCCGCUGAAGCUGAUGCGGGCGCGGGCGUACCUGGAUUUCCACAAGACCAUCUCGUCGAGUUUCCUGCGCCGCGGAAUCCGACUGUACUUGCCGUGCAUGAUAGUCAGUUUCAUCGCAUGCGUGCUGACGUACAUGGGCUUCUUCGACCACUCAGCCGAGAUUUACAAGCAAUACUCGCAGUUUUUGUUUCUGAAAGAGCCGCCGCCGCCUCGUCUGGCCUCGUUCCGCGAGCAGUUUGCGGGCUACCUGACCAACGUCAAGUUCAUCUUCAGCGCCACCAUCCCAUUCGAGAUGGACACGGACGUGCUGCACUACUUCAUGUACGACGACCACCAAUGGACCAUCCCCAAGGAGUUUCGGAGCAGCAUGGUCGUCUUUUCCGUUUUGGUGGCCAUGUCGCGGGUGCGGCCGCUGCUGCGGGUGGCUGUCGUCUUCGCGCUCGGCUAUUACGCCGCAUACACGGCACGGCUGUACACGGCGCUGUUCAUGGCGGGCAUCGUGUGCGCUGAGCUCGACCUGAUCCGGCAAGCAUACUAUGCGCGGUGCAACGAAAGAUUGCCAGAGUACGCGGACAGUGCGACACCAGACGAAAAAUUCCUGUCGACGUCGCACUACCGUGGCCUUGAGUCCCUGCUGCACCUGCCCAACAUCUUCUACAAGGUCAUGUGGAUCUCGAUUUUCACACUGGGCGUCUUCAUGAUCUCGUCGCCGCAGGAGAUCCAGCGCACGCCAAAUUACCUGCCUUUACUUCUGCGGCGAUGGGGCGUCCACGACAUUGACAACACGCUAUUACUGUUCGGGUCCAUCAUGGUCGUCUGGAGCACGGCGACCUGUCCGUCUCUGGGUCCUUUAUUCAACAACCCGUUCGUCGCGUACCUCGGCAAGAUCUCGUACGCCCUGUACCUGAUGCACGGCACCGUCAUCAAGUCGCUAGGGUACAAUGUUUUACCGUGGACACUGCACAUGGGCACCUGGACGCCCUGGGAAGUCGAGCUCGACAAGGAAUGGUGGGCGACGGUCCCCAACUCGGGCAAAGUCAUGUCCCAUAUUUUAGGUCUAUGUUUCGUCGCCACCACCUGUUUCUGGGUCUCGGAUCUCUUCUGGCGCUUCGUCGAUAUCCCCUCCGUCAGCUUUGCCAGAAAAGUCGAGAACUGGAUGACAAAGGGCGCAGACGAUCCUGUGCCCCCGCAGGGAUCCUUACCUGCUGCACACAGUCAGCCUUUGACUUUUGAUUUCCGUCGCGCAAGGGCCGCUAGCCACGGCGGUGCCGCUGGUGGCCACAUUAGAAAUGUCAGUGGUCUGGGUGGGCUGCAGGAUGGUGGUGGGCCAAAGAGGAAGAAUGGAUAGAUACCCAAAUUGCGGGAGGGAAGGGUGCAAAACUUGAAGGGGAUUAUCGAAUUCGGAGGAUUUCUUUUAUUUUCUUUUCUUUUUGUUCGUGUUUGAGAAUUCGUGCGCAUGUAUGUACCUAUGUUUGUGGUGAGAAAGAAAGCGCAGUACUAGUACUACUUACUACCAAGUAGGCUGUUUGUCUCUGACAGUCCUACAUUCGAGGUGCCAUACAUAAAGUCCUGAGCUGAGGAUGGAAUCAUUCCUACCGAGAGGGAUCGAUGGAAAGAAGGGAAGAGAGGGACAAAUAAGUUGAACUCGUUAGUAUGGAAUGGAAAUACCUAGUCUGCCACUCCA